AUGAGUUUCGGUGCCCCUGGAGGUGGUUCAGUGAACUACAAGCCCUCACCGCCUGAGCGCGGUAGCUUUCCCCUCGACCAUGAAGGAGAAUGCAAGCAUAUUAUUUCUGGUUACUUAAAAUGCAUCAAGUUGAACCGAGGCACAAACGAUGAGGCAUGCCGUCGAUUAGCAAAGGAAUACCUUGCCUGCCGGAUGGACAAGAACCUGAUGGCACCCGAUAACUUCAAGAACCUUGGACUUGUAUUCAAGGAUGACCAGGAAAAAAGCAGUUCCCCCGCUACAAACUCAUCAGAUGCAUCAUCAUCAACCGACAACAAAGCUUGA